AGGAGUUUUUGCAUAACGGUUAUGUCAAUUCAUGUGUGAAGGCCUUUAGGGCUGCGGCAACACUGUCCAGUUUCCUGUGGGAACGGGGGCCAUAUUGCAAAAGAAAUUAUUUGCAGCAUGGCAAUUUUAUACUUUCUGAUAAAUACGUGACAAUAUCCAUUUAACGGAUUAUUUCUCAAGUGACGAUGACGCGUGUCACGUUUCUACAUCCCGAUCUUGGUAUCGGUGGCGCCGAAAGGCUCGUCGUCGACGCCGCUCUGGCAUUAAAGAAGAACGGUCAUAAUGUGAACUUCGUGACUACUCACCAUGAUCCAGAACAUUGUUUUUCGGAGACUAAAGAUGGUACAAUUCCUGUCAUUGUUGUAGGCAAUUGGUUACCCAGACACUUUCUUGGCAGAUUCUAUGCGCUCUUCGCUUACAUACGUAUGAUAUAUGCAGCCAGCUACAUAAUAUUCUGUGAUCAAAGACCAGAGAUUGUCUUCUGUGAUUUGGUAUCCAUUUGUAUACCUAUACUGAGACUGCGGAUUCCAUAUGUAGUAUUUUAUUGUCAUCAUCCAGAUCAGCUACUCUCACAUUCUGGUGGCUAUAUCAAGCAACUGUAUCGUAUGCCACUGAAUUAUCUCGAGGAAAUCACGACUGGUAUGGCACACAAAGUAUUUGUAAAUAGUGGUUACACAAGUAGCGUGUUUAAACACACGUUCAAGAGACUGAAAGUUGAGCCAGAAAUUUUGUACCCUUCCAUUAACACGGAUUUUUUUAAUAAUACGCGAAUAAUAUCUCUAGAGAGGGUGCUCGACAGAAAGCUACCAAACGAUAGUAUUAUACUGCUGUCUAUUAAUAGAUAUGAACGUAAAAAGAAACUAUCUCUUGUGAUAGAGGCUUUAGCGGAGCUGGAGAAUUUUUUAACGAAGGAAACAUAUAAAAAAGUGUACUUGAUAAUAGCUGGUGGAUAUGAUAAGAGGGUCGAGGAAAACGUAGAGUAUCACCUAGAAUUGAUAGGACUCGCCGAUGAAUUGCAUGUAACGGACAAAGUGAUAUUCUUACGUUCGCCCUCGGACAUAGAUAAGAUUUCCAUACUUCAUCAUUGCAAAAUUGUGAUAUACACUCCACCGAAUGAGCACUUUGGAAUAGUGCCCUUGGAAGCGAUGUACAUGGGUAAGCCAGUGAUCGCUCACAAUUCCGGUGGUCCCACGGAAUCGAUAAUUUCCGGAGAGACUGGCUUUCUAGUCGACCUGUCAGGAGAAGCGUUUGCUUCAAAAAUAGCUUAUUUAAUUAUAAAUCCAAAUCAACUUGAAAAUUUUGGUAGAUCGGGUCAGCAUAGAUUUCUGGCGACGUUCAGUUUCGCUGCUUUUAGUGCUCAAUUAAAUAAGACGAUAAGCAACUUGACUGAUGAGCAAUAAAAUAAUAAAAUUUAUUAGAUUUCAUUUAAAAAUUAUUUAAAAGACUACAUAUUUUUUGCAUAUUGAUUAGAUCUAGAAUGCUGGUUAAAUGUGAAUGUUAUUAAAAUAAAAAGGAUAAGUGAAAAUA